AUGGCUGUUUCUUCAAAACAUAGCACUAGAUGCCAAGUGAAAUCCAUUAGCUUGCCUUGCAGAUCGCAUCCGACCACUAUUCGAAUCGAACAACAGCUCAACGCGGCCAAGCUGGAUGCAGCAACGGCGACACCACCAUCUGCAAAGACCGUCUGCAAUGGUUUGUCGCACCUGACAGCGCUCUAUAAAUCCAUGGCCGACCUCCUAAAUUCGUCCACCACAAGAGUUUCAAUCUCUCGACAACAAAACAAGAAAUGGGUCGAAGAUAUUGUAGACGAAUCGGUUAAAUUCUUGGAUGUUUGUGGCAACACAAGGGAUAUGGUGACACAGAUCAAAGAACACAUUACGGAUCUCCAUUGUGCUCUUCGUCGGAGGAGAAACACCGAAAACAACGUUGAUUACAGUUCGUUUAGAAGGAAAAUGAAGAAAGAUGUUAAACGGUUGGUUGGAAGUUUGAAGGAAGUGGAUAAUACGAUCGGUGGUGGAUCUAUGGUGGUGGAUUCCGAUCACCACCAGCUUGCAGCGGUAAUGAAGGCGGUAGUGGGAGUUAGUGAGAUGACAGUUGCUGUUUUGGAAUCUUUGUUGUUGUUCUUAGCGAUGCCGGUUUCAAAGCCAAACAGAUUGUCAUUUGUGGUAUCGAAGUUGAUACACAAAGGGAUGAUAGCAUGCGAUGAUCAACAAGAACUUGGGAUUUUGAAUGAAUUGGAUGCCAUAGAUGCUGGGUUGCAGGCAGCUCCAUGUAAAGAUGGAUCAUCGGAGAAGAUACAGACUGUGAAGUGUAGAUUGGAAAGAGUAGAAUCUCAGCUCGAAUGCAUUGAGAGCAGAUUAGAAAGCAUUUUUAGACGAUUAAUUGGAACCAGAACAUCUCUCCUCAACAUCAUGUCACAGUAA